AUGUCUAUGACCGUAUCGGACUGCGCGCAAGUCCGGGAAGGAUUUCCUCGUCCUUUCCCAGACACACCUACCAAUGUCUUGGAGCAAUUCAAGAUGACCGGCAAGGUCGCCGUGGUGACGGGCGCAGCCGAUGGCAUUGGAAACGACGCAGCUGUGAAAAAAGCCGAGGCACUCGCGCAAGCUCAUGGCAUCAAAGCAAUCGCCUAUAAAGUUGACAUCUCCGAUGCUGAACAAGUAGAAAACACGGUUGCAGACGUCGUCCGGGACUUUGGGCGGAUCGAUGUCUUUGUUGCCAACGCAGGUGAGCCUCGAUUGUAUAGGAUGGCUAUCUCGAAGCCGAUCUUGGAGCAAAAACUCGAGGAAUACCACAAGCAAAUCUCCGUCAACGUCGACGGAGUCGUCUUCUGCUCUAAGUACGCUGGUGAGGUCUUCAAGCGUCAAGGCUGUGGAAACUUGAUCAUCACAUCGAGUAUGAGUGCGCACAUUGUCAAUGUGCCAACGGAUCAGCCCGUCUAUAAUGGAACCAAGGCUUUCAUCACACACUUUGGAAAGUCUCUAGCCCGUGAAUGGAGGGAGUUUGCCCGUGUCAACAUUGUCUCGCCCGGAUUUUUCGACACCAAGAUGGGAGCAAGCCCGCUCGCGAUUAACGAGGCGUAUCGUAUGGCGAGCCUUGGACGCCAGGGACAUACCAAGGAAAUCAAGGGUCUGUACCUCUACCUUGCCAGUGACGCUUCCACCUAUACGACCGGAAGCGACGUGCUUAUUGAUGGUGGAUAUACCCUUCCAUAA